CAAAAUGUGAAUAUAACCAUUAUAAUUAUAUUUACAACCUUCAAUCAGUCUCUACUUGUCACUAAUCCGACUCAUAUAGGACAAUCACUCGCAAGCGUGAGCAACGAUCUAGAUUAAAGGGCGUGCAGGGGCAGGGAUAACCAACUGGUGCCUACGACCCCUCCUCGUUACCCCGCCAUACCACAUAUGAGAAGUUAUAUAUCCUUCUCAACUCUAAAUUUUCUGUCUCCGUACCAUCUCAAGAACCCUUCUUGACUUCCAUCUCAUCUCAAUAUUCACUCUCCAAAAUGGCCUGCUGCACCCUCCCCUCCAUCCACCCCCACACCCCCCUCGGCACCAUCCUCUCCAUCUCCGGCACAUCCACCUACCUCACCCUCCCCCCCAACACCCCCACCGCCACCCCUCACCCCCGCGCCCUCCUCUACCUCACAGAAGGCUACGGCACUCUCCUCCCCAACUCCCAGCUCCUCGCCGACCACCUCUCCCUCCUCCUCAACUGCCCGGUGAUCAUGCCCGACCAAUUCCGCAACGAGCCCUUUCCCAUGGUGAAGCCGCCCGGCUGGGACGACGAAGCCGCGUUCAUAAGGCUGCAAACAGAUCACCAUCCCGGGACUGUGGAUCCCAUGCUCGAGAAGGUGUUGGAGUGGAUGCAGCGCCCUGUGGGUCAUGCUGAGGGAGGUCUGGGGGGCGUGGUGAGGGUGGGCGCGAUUGGGUAUUGUUUUGGUGGGAGGUAUGUUAUGCGUUUGCUUGCGGAGGGGAAGAUCGAGGCGGGCGUGGUGAAUCAUCCGAGCUUUUUCACGCUGGAUGAGGUGUCGGCGUUGGGGCGGCCGGCUGGGGGUAAGGAGGAGGGAGAAGGGGGUGGGAAAGUCAAGGUGUGGAAACCACUCGCUAUCUUUGCGGCGGAGGAGGAUGAUAUUCUGCCCGAGGGGAAGAGGAGAGCUACGGAGGAUAGGCUGAAGGAAGGUGGGGUGACGUGGGUGUGUACCACAUAUGCGGGGACUCUCCAUGGUUUCAGCGUGCGCGGAGAUCUCAAUGAUCCGGUUGUCAAAUUCGCGAGGGACAGUGCGUUAGACGGGGCAGUCAAGUGGUUCAAUGAGUAUCUUCCCUCGUCUUAA